GCAAUUGAUUUGUUUCUUACGAAUGAAAUUCAUGAUGCAAUCCAUCUUCUCUGCUAGAACGUAUGUGAAGUUCUGUCAGGAGACCACGCUACACGGCUUGAAGCAUACUGUUUCUGAACAAUUUCACUGGGUGGAGAGGCUGCUAUGGUUCAUAGUGACGUGCGCAGCGUUUCUCGGCGCGGUGUACUGCGCGCUGCGGCAGCUGUCCAGAUACAACUCAGAGCCGGUGGUGGUGUCCCUCCGACGUGACUAUCGCAGCUGGUGGACCGCGUUUCCAGCAGUCACGGCCUGCUUCCUGGACCGAGUGCAGCGGGCAAAGGCGCAGGACACCAUCCAGAUGUUGUGGAACGUGACGAAAGAGUCGGAUCCGGACCGCUACCAGUACUACCUUGGCUUCAUUGAGCUGGUUUCCGACGUGUCCUUCCGCACCAACUUGCAGAACUUCUGGAAAUAUCAGACCGACGAUUCUGUGAAGGGAGUGGACUUGCUUCAAUUAGCUUUGGAUGUGCAUCCCACAUUCCCACUCAAGGUCAUGGUUUCCAAGCAGGAUAAAGAAGUCCAAUGGGUCCCCGUGAUGACCGAAAUGGGUAUGUGCAUGACCUUCAACUCGGAGUACGCGGUAUACCAGUUCCUCCUUCCCAACGUGGACUGGUCUGUAGACCAGCUGCUGAAAUGUCACUACUUGAGCGGGCAGUGCUUCGUGAGGGUGGACUCUAUGAAUAACGCUAUAAAGUAUUUUGUCCAUUCGCCAUUUGACAUACCCAACGCUUUGUCGAACCCUACCGGGGAAGUUAUGCCUGGCGAAGAAUUGGUCAUGGAUUUCAAGGCCGUGGAGAUCCAAGCUGCGUCAGGAGUGAAGAAUCUAAGACCGGAGCAGCGGCGUUGCCGGUACCCGGACGAGUGGAUCAGCGACUCCAUCCGGGCAUACAGCUUCGGGCUCUGCCAGAUGCACUGCAGAAGUCGCAUGGCGAUCAUGUUCUGCGGAUGUCGACCGUUUUUCCAUAUCAAAGGAGUUUUGCCGUUUGGUUUGGACGUUGGCCUGCUGGGCAUAGGUGCGUACUAUGGUACGCGCUUGAAGAAGCCUGAUCCUGUGAAUGUUAUGAGCAUAUUCGGCCCAGAGCUUGGGUCUAAGGAGGCUGAAGCUAAUCCUGAUCAAGUGGUGCAGUGUAUAGCUCAUAGAGGCGCGGGCCUGGACGCGCCAGAGAACACUUUGGAGGCAUUCAAAUAUUGUGUAGAACGAGAAUGCAACUUUGUGGAGCUGGACGUGCGGGGCCUGAAGGAUGGGCAGCUGGUGGUGCUGCACGACGAGGGGCUGCAGCGGCUCUCCGAGUCCAGCAUCACAGACGUGGCCGCGUGCAACUGGGAGGACAUCAAGGAUAUCGAUGUUGGCGUCACACAUCCUAACCGGCAACGUUACAAAGAAGUGAAGCUGUGUUUGCUGGACGAGGCGCUGACUUACUUGCUGGAGAAGGGCGUGCGCUGCAUCAUCGACGUCAAGGGCGAUAACAAGGAGGUUAUAAAUGGUGUCGUGAAGGCGUUUGAUACUCGGCCCGCGCUCUAUAAGACCGCGGCCGUCACAUGCUUCAACCCUGCUACUCUCUACAAGAUAAGGAAACUGGACCCGAAGAUAGUAGGGGCCAUCAGCUACCGGCCAUAUUGCUUUAGUGCGCAAGAUUAUGACACGGAGCACGGCCCGACUAACCCCCGGUUCGGUGACAACUUGCCAGUGCACGUGGUGCUCCGCUUCUUGGAUCUGCUGCACUCUCUGCUGUGGCGGUGGACGGCGCGCUGGUGCGGCGUCAGCGCAGUACUGCUGCAUAAGGACACCGUCAGCCCAUGCGAAGUCCGCUACUGGCGUACGCUCGGCGUGCGCCUGGCGGGAUGGAGCGUCAACCGUCCGGUCGAGAAGCUGUACUGGCGUUGCGUGCUGCGAGCGCCUUAUCUAGCCAACACGCUCGCCGGCGAGCGGGAGAGAGAGAAAGAAGUACAGGUAUCCCUUGCUGACUACUAGUGUCCACAAA